AUGGAGAAUCACGAACAAGAUCAAAGUUUCCCUGUUCUAUCGAGCUUCAUCUCGUGCGGUUGGAUGGCACCUAUAAGUUCUGGUCCAACAGACGCGGAACAGCUAUAUCCACCACCGAAUUCAUUUUCACCUUUAGUCCAGGCUCCUAGUACGCCGGCCUCGUACUCACAGCUUUACCCGUCGGCAACAUCAACUUCAUCCUCUGCGCCAGAGUCCGCCUUCAGGUCCGCGCCCAAGGUGGCCAUUCCGCGCCUGUCGGGUGCGGAGACAAGUCUUGGCGGGCGCCGCCGCUGCGCUCGAGCUUGUGAGCGUUGUCGCCAUCGAAAGAUCAAAUGCGACGGGCUGAGGCCAUCCUGUGGCCAGUGUAUCUAUCAGAACCACCCGUGUUCCUACGAGGACGUUAAACGCGUCCGUGACCGCAAACGAUUAGAGACUUUGGCGAAACGCGUUGGGGCCUACGAAGCCCUGCUACGCGAACUAGCGGGAGAGGUUAAUUUGCCUACCGCGAGACAGAUCAGGAAAGUAUUACAGGCCAAGAACGUAAAAUCCUCGGAACAGAACGACCUUGCCUCCGAUGAUUCCUCAACCUCCUUGGGCUCGCUCGAAGCGAUCGACCAGGUCGAUGAAGACCUGGACCCAAACGAGAGUAGCUGUGCCUCGGGCUACUUCGGGAAAAGUUCCGAGGUCGAUUGGAUUCGCAAGUUGGACAGCGGAGUGAGGACGGCCAGCCCGCUAGAUACUUCUGAGAGUUCGAAUCCUUUCAAUCCGGACAGUCAGAACGCCUCUCAGCGCGAAAGUCUUGAAAAGUUCCUUCCUAUUUCCAUGAUGGGCUAUCACCUCGGCAACAUGGAAAUUCCGUUCAUUGAAUCGUGUGAUCUUAUGCCUUGCCACCGCGAGAACUAG